GGAAAUCUUAGUAUUUGCGAAGAAACACAUCAAACGGAGCGAGCCUCGCUAUGGAGAAACUCCUCCCAAAUGACCUGGGCGAAGGGCCCGGCUUUCUGAAUAUCACCGAGUUUCCGAUCAAAAGCGACGAAGAGUGGAAGACAUUGACCUUCCGCGAACGUGUGAAGAUCUGCAAUGAGAAGUUCCUCCGUGACAAUGGCAUUUGUCCAGUGCCAGCCUUCAUUGCAACCUACGCAUGCAUUGGAGCACUGUGGUGGGCAGGUGUUUUAUUUUUCAUGGAUCCAAAAGAGUCACUGGUGUCGGAGAUGAACAUGAAACGUUUCCUGCUUUACAGCAUCUUACAUUCCAUCCUGGGCUUCGGUGCUACCUCCUCAUUGUUGGGUCAACGGUUCAAGCUGGCCGUGGGAGGUACUGGGAUCCAUUUCAUGUGGCCAGGGACCAUUUGUUCCCCGACCUUUCCCUCCUUGGUCUCGUUGGUUUCGGCCGUGCCCGCGCGUCGCUCCGUUUUGGCGGUGCUGUGCUUCGUGGCCUACGCCUUGUCGCUGCGGAACGAGUUGCUGAAGCCGGAGCCAUCCGUGGUGCUGCCCGUGGUGCUGCUGACAGUGUGUACCAUCUUUGAUUACAACAUCUUCAGUGCCAGCAGGGGAGAACACUACGGCUACUUUCUGAUCUGCAUGCUGUUCCCAGAUUGGAUCAAUGGAUGGCAAUGUGUGCAACUGGCCUUAUGGGCUUGGGCUGGGGUUGGCAAAAUUGGACCUUGGUUCCAGCCUGUGAUUCCCUUCAUCACCAAAGAUUCAGCGUACACCUGGCUUUUGCCCAAGCAACUCAUGUGCAAAUUGCUGGUGAAAGACUACCCAGAUGAUCUGAAUCCCAGCAACUUGUCGACCAUCUUAGCCUACAUGGGCGCCACUUUGGAGGUUGCCUUCCCCUUGUGCUGCAGCACUCCGAUCUAUUUCCUUCGUCAUUUGGGUGCCUUUGGCAUGAUCUCCUACCAUGCCUUCAUCGGAGUUUGUAUGCCUUUCGCAUCGGUCUUCGAGUGGAACUAUUCCUGCAUGAUCUUCGCCUACUUCCUCUUUUGCCAACACGAGUUUGCUCUUCCUGGCUCACCAGCUUUGUUGGCAUUUUUGCUGUUGGUGUUGAUCAUAAUCCCCAUAAUUGGCCAGUUGAACCCCAGCCUGGUGCCAUUUUUGUUGGCGUAUCGACCCUACAUGGGGAACUGGCGCUUCGGAUGGUACGUGGUCCACAAGAAGGGGCUCGCCAAGCACCAGAAGCUGAAGACCACAGAGGAUCCCUUUGUUGCCGCGAAUGGCGUGUGGCUCUAUGAGUGGUUUGCCUACUUUGGAUUGCCUGUCGAACAGUCCAUUCGCAGCAUGCGCUAUUGGGAUUACAUGGUUGCUGGGAUGAUGAUGGUGGUUCCAGCCUACAGGCCCUUCGUGUCGAUGAUUGAGAAACUCUGUGAGGAGAACGGCUGGGAUAUCGAUGAUGUGAGCUUCACACACUCAGAGUCCUAUCAGAACCAGGUCUUCGGCUUUUCCUUGGGCACUGGAUGGAUCGCCAGUCGCGAGUGCGUUCGCAAGGCCUACAACGAAAUUUGUGGCUUUGACAAGGGUGAAAUGUACUUCGUUCAGUUCGACCCCUGCAAGCCACUCCCCUGGGGAAAAGAGCAUCACGUGGUGAAGUUCCGAUGCUUUGAUGUGACCGAAGGCCCUGAAAAUGCCAUCUAUGGUGAGAUGCCUUAUGCUCAACUGGCGGCAGUCCAGCCAGCGGCUUUGAAGGUCGACCUGAAGAAGGGCAAGUCCAUCACAGGGCUCUUCCUAGACGCCUACUACUGACGGCACGACAGGGCACGACAGGGCGGCCAGUCGACAAAGUUCGAUGUCGUUGGUUUCCCCGAGGUUUGGUUUCAUUGGUUUCGAUGAUUGUUUCGAUCGUUCCAUGAAUGGAAAAUCAAGAGACAAACGAGGCUCAACGAGGCUCAACGAGGAUCGACAACUAGCGGCGAGUCACUCGCCGCUACUAGCGAUCCGCAUUGGUUUCGGAAAAGGCAUUGGUUGCGGCAUGGCCUUGCUGACUUCUGAUGUUUGC